GUCUUGACCUGGAAGGAACUGUCGCUGUCUGCCGAUUCAGUGGUCGCUACUUUCCUCUGACUUUGCAUCCACGAGGCUGAACUUGCUCCAUUUCAGCUUUUCCUCACCUCUUUCCUGGCUUGACAUCAGAUUGUCCUGGGUCAACAGUGAUCGCCCGCUCAACGUGAAACAAUAAGCAGCGAAAAGUCCGCACCCCGAACCACAUUCAAGCUUGGUCGCACCUUUGGUUGUCCAGGCGCAAGCCUCUUCAACUCUCGCGAUGGACCCCACGAUGGGCAAUCCCAUGGUCCCCAUGACCGCGCAAAUACCAGUGCCAGUUGCGCAGCCUAUCCCCUUGCCGGUGUUGACGCGGGAUAGCUACAACUCGCAAUCACUAGGGCGGUCUUUAAAUGGCAAUGUCAAGCAGGCGCGCGUGCUUAUGGUAGGCGCCGGCGGCAUCGGCUGCGAACUCCUCAAGAACCUCGUCCUUACCGGCUUCGGCGAAGUCCACGUCGUCGAUCUCGACACCAUCGAUCUCUCGAACCUCAACCGACAGUUUCUCUUCCGUCACGAACAUAUCAAAAAGUCCAAAGCCCUUGUGGCCAAGGAAGCCGCGCAAAAGUUCAACCCCGCCGUCAAGAUCGUCGCCCACCAUGCGAACAUCAAAGACGCGCAGUUCAACAUCGAGUGGUUCAGCAGUUUCAGGAUAGUCUUCAACGCCCUCGACAACCUCGAAGCCCGUCGCCAUGUCAACAAGAUGUGUCUCGCCGCCGACGUCCCCCUCAUCGAGAGCGGAACAACUGGUUUCAACGGCCAGGUACAAGUCAUUAAGAAGGGUGUUACCGCCUGCUACGAUUGCGCGCCGAAGGAGACGCCGAAGUCCUUCCCCGUAUGCACGAUCCGCAGCACACCGAGCCAGCCCAUUCACUGCAUAGUGUGGGGCAAGAGUUAUCUGCUCAACGAAAUCUUCGGAGCGAGCGAAGACGAGUCAGCAUUCGAUCAUUCUGUUGAUGGCGACAAUGCGCAGGAGAUCGAGGAACUCAAGAGGGAGUCGGCAGCGUUACGAAAGAUCAGGAAUUCUGUGGGUACAGAAGAGUUCGCGCAGAUGCUCUUCGAGAAGGUGUUCAAAACGGAUAUUGAGCGGUUGCGUUCGAUGGAGGACAUGUGGAAGACGCGCAAGCCGCCUGAGCCACUCAACUACAAGGACCUUCUCGAAAAGGCCAAGUCGCUAGACAAGGAGAAGGUGCUCAAGGAUGCUCAGAAGGUGUGGUCGCUAGAAGAGAACCUCGUUGUCUUCAACGACAGUCUCGAGCGACUUAGCAAGCGGGUUCUGGAGAGCAAGAACGCUGGCCAAGAAUCCAUCAUCACCUUUGACAAGGACGACGAGGAUACCUUGGACUUUGUCGCCGCGAGCGCCAACAUCCGCUCAGCGGUGUUCGGUAUUGACAGAAAGUCAAAGUUCGACAUUAAGCAAAUGGCGGGCAACAUUAUCCCUGCUAUCGCAACGACCAACGCCAUCGUUGCUGGUCUUUGCGUGCUGGAGGCAUUCAAGGUCCUGAAGGGCCACUACGAGCAGGCAAAGGAAGUUUUUCUCACGCCGUUUGCUAAUGCGCGCAUGUUGGCUUCCGACAAGUCAAGGGAGCCUAACCCUGAUUGCCCGGUCUGCGGUGUCUACCAGACGAGAGUUUUUGUCGAUCUGGAGAAGGCGACGCUUAAUGAUCUGGUAGAACAUUUGAUCAAGACGGACUUGGGGUAUGGCGAGAAGGACUUCGCCAUCAGUAAUGAGGUCGGCAUCUUGUAUGAUCCUGAUGAGACGGAUAAUCUGGAGAAGAAGCUUUCGGAGCUGGGCAUCAAAUCCGACUCCUUCCUGACCAUCACCGACGAAGACGACGAGGAGCCGUUCGUCAACGUCGUCAUCGCCAUCCAAGAAGCCAAGGAGCCUCUAGGAGACAAACCCGUUAAGGGUAUCCUCGACCCAGAGGAUGUCAAGAUCCCACUCAAGCCCAAGAAGCAGCCGCAGCCCGAGCUCGUAGCCACCCCCGCACCAACCAACGGUAACAGCACAUCAAACGGCCAGAACGGAGGAGUCAUAGACCUCGACGGUGAUGAGCCAAUGGCGACACCAGCCAAGUCGCUCAAGCGCGGACAUCCCGAAGAUGCAGAGGGUCCAUCGGUCAAGAAGAUCAAGGCCAACGACAAGGCGGCGGAUGAUGAUAUCGUCUUCAUCGAGGAUAGUGCGGGUGCUAUCGUUAUUGAUGAUGACUGAUUGGCUUCGCACAUCAGCACUUUACUGUGUCCUGUCCGCGGCACACUGUUGCGUUGCAGACUCGGCUCAUAGGUAGGCCGUGGUUACGGUCACCAUAUACUACUACAAAGCUUGCUAUUCUUGCUAUACUAGCCGCUUGAUCACCACGGAUACCCACGGGAAGCGGUGCGUCGUUUUAGACAGAACUUAACCCACCGUCGAGAUUGAGUACGCAAUUGUUUGCAUACGGAUUCUUGAUGAGGAAGAGGGCGGCGUCGGCGACUUCAUCUGUUGUUCCGAAACGACCUAAGGGGAUUUGUUGGAGGAUCGAAGGGUUUUUGAGACCUAGAUGAGA